GACGCUAUUGCUCCAAUUGUCCCCCUGAUCCGAUCACAUAAACCCUAAAGCUCUUCGCCUUGUUAAUUUGAAUGUUCAAUUUUAUUCCAAGACAGAUCGUAAUCGUUUUGUAGAUUGAGGGAAAAAAGAAGAAGAAACAGAUGAUGCAGAGACGGAGUCCACCGAAGCAUAGGCACGACGGGACUUCGCCAUUGCCUCUCGGGCUGGAUUGGAGUCCGCCCCCUCGUAAAUGGAAUGGAAGGGAAACUGUUUGGCCUCAUGAUCCUCGAACUGGAUGGAGUUACUGUGUCACAAUACCUUCUUGGGUUGUCUUUCCGAAAUCAAGAGUUUCAGAUCCUGUUGUGUUUUACAGGGUAAAUGUAGGUAUACAAUCACAAGAUGGUGUUACAACUACACGUGGAGUAUUGAGAAGAUUUAAUGAUUUUUUGAAGCUAUUUAAUGAACUGAAAAAGGCAUAUCCCAAGAAAAGCCUCCCCCCUGCUCCACCCAAGGGUCUGUUGCGUUUGAAAAGCAGAGCUCUGUUGGAAGAGAGAAGGUGUUCACUGGAGGAGUGGAUGACAAAACUGUUAUCUGACAUUGACUUGUCCAGAAGUGUCACAGUAGCAUCCUUUCUUGAACUAGAAGCUGCCGCGAGGUCUUCAUUUCAAGAACUAAAUGAUUGCUCAUCAGAAGCUAAUAUUGUGGGAAAUAGCACAAUGUCGUCAAAUAAUGUUCCUCCCAAUUCAAGUAUAUCACAUUUUGCUGGCAGUUCGUCAAUCACAUCAGAUUAUGGUAGUGAUACUGCUUAUGAGACAUCUGAGGUUGGGACACCUAGAUUAGGGAGGGGUGACAGUUCUGAAAGUGUUUCGGGAGAUCUGACACUGGAUGAAGAUUUAACAGUUUCAAUAGAAAAACUUGUGAAGUAUGGUAUGUCCAAUAUUGAUGAGGGACUAUUCAUGGGGCAAGCAAUUUUGGAGCAGCUAGGAGAUUUUCCUAGGCAUAAAUCACAAGCCAUACACAUGAAUAAUACUUUGGGGAAAGACAUUUAUAAUGGAAAAUGGUCCAGAGCUUCAUUUAUUGCCGUUGAUGGGUUGGAACACUUUUCCGAGAUAGAUCCGACUAAGGUGGCUGGUCAUGCUCGGAAGUUAUCAACUGAAAGUGUUGGAAGCGAUGUAAGUUCUUUGAGAGGUAGUGACAUGUCGAUUUCUGGGAUUCCAAAUUCAUCCGUCAAUUGCUCUUGUGACCUUCCUGGAACUGCUGAAAUAUUAAAUACCAUGGGAACCCUUGGAAACUCCGAUCCUCAGUCUGCUGGAGAUACACAAAUAGUUCUUCCAAUGGACCAGCGUCAUAAGAUAAACAGGGUUCUUCUAAACAUGCAGAGGAGACUAGUCACUUCUAAAACUGACAUGGAGGAUCUUAUAGCCAGAUUAAAUCAAGAAAUAGCAGUCAAAGGUUAUCUUACCACAAAGGUUAAGGAUUUGGAAGUGGAACUUGAAAACACCAAACAAAAAAGUAGAGAAAACCUGCAGCAAGCUAUCCUGAUUGAAAGAGAAAAGUUUACUCAAAUGCAGUGGGAAAUGGAAGACCUUCGUCGGAAAUCAUUGGAAAUGGAGUUGAAGUUGAAUCCUAAACGGGAUGAGAAGCAAAUGACAGAGACAACCAACCAAUCUGUUGCUGUGGAGAAAGAUGCAAUGCUGCAAGAAUUAAAUGUUACUAAGGAGCAUUUGAAUGAUAUAUCAAAGCGAUAUGAAGAACUAGAGGCAAAAUCAAAAGCAGAUAUUAAAGUUCUAGUUAAAGAGGUCAAAUCUCUCAGGAAAUCCCAAAAAGAACUGAAGCAAGAGAUGGGUCAAUCACUGUCAGAAAAAUCUGAAGCCGAGGCACAACUAAAACAGGAAAGACAAAUAAUUAAGCAUGUAAGAAAUGCAAGAGAAAAAAUGCUCAAUGAUUGUCGGCUUCUUCACAACCGGCUUCUUGGAUGCAGUGUGAAUUUGUCUACAGAUGAUGAAGAUUUAAUCAAAGAGUCUUCCUCCGUUGAAGAAGCAUUGGAUUUGUUGACUACUUCUGAUGAUAAAAUCACUCUCCUACUUACUGAGGUACAACUAUUAGCCAAGGGAGAAGGCAGUGCCACUGGCGAUAUUGACAGCCAAUAUAACAAUCAAUAUGAUAUUGGAACAGAUGAUGAGUUAAGGAAGAUCAUAGCAGACAUCUUCACCGAGAACGCGAAAUUAAGAAAGCAGGUGAAUUCUCUUCUACAGCAUAGACUCAAAUGUGAUAUCAUGUCAAAGAAUAAUGAUAAGGAAUUAAUCGAGUCUGGAGAUAGAUAAAAUGGGGUUAGAACUUAGAAUAUUAUAGAAUACGAUAAGGUAACCCCCACAAUCUCCAUUACAGUUCCCAGAAAUGAAUUACAUUGAAUUUUGGGGUUACAGUUACACUAGUAAUGCAGAGAAGAAGAUGACCCUUUUUUAACACUGAUGUAUUAUAUAUUUUUAAUCAUUUGAAUAGCAAAAAAAUGAAAG